GGGAGUGGUGGGGGAAGGGAGCUAGGGUGGGGUGGACCGGGCCGCCGCAGGCCCGCUCGCGCAGAGAGCUGUGCCGGCAGAGUAUCGCGUACUCUGGCGCGAUGCUGACGGCCUCAGCUGCGAUGGUGGAGACGUGCCUAUUGCUGCCGGGCGCCGUGCCGGCCGAGAAGGAAGUCGCGCGAGCCCGAGGGGCCGCCCGCUGCCUGUUCGGCCCGGCAGACCCUGGCGCCGCAGAACUGCUGUUGCGGGAGCAGCUGGCAGCCGAGAGGGAGCGCUUGCUGUGGCGGUUCGGCUUCCGAGUCGUAGCGGCGCUGGCAGCCGAGGGCGUGGAGGCAGGCCUGGGGGCGGGAGAAGAGCUGGCCCCAAAGGAGGCGGCGCAACCCCUCUGUCCGGCGCCGAGCCUGCGGAGACCCAGGGCCAAGCCUUACCACCGCCAGACUACUGUCAAAGAUUUCUACAGAGUGCAAAAGGCACCUGCCGACAAGAAGCUGGAAGCGGUGUCCAGCAGACCGACAGAAGGCGUGUGCGCCGAGGCCGCUGCCGACUGAGCUGGUGCGACCUCACUCUCGGCUUGAGCGCUGGGAAGUCUUCCAGAGGACUGCCGCUUGAAGAGGCUCGCCUCGGUACACGCCAUCUGCGACAAGCAGGACGGGCGGAGAACCUGCAUCCGAACGUCACUCCACCGACCGCGUAGUGUGGCCGGUCUUCGGGAAUCCGCGGAUCUCGUAGAUCUGUAGAUCCGACCGCUGACUGUGACGUCGCGCACGCUUGCGCAGAGGACUCUGGUGUGUUGCGAAGUGCACACGCUUCUACUUUCCUGCAUUUAUGUGCUGCGAUCAGUGCUUGUCCCGUGCAGCACUCGCCAGUGACUCUGCAUUAACACAGUUUGGUGUAAUACAGUCUUGGUCAUCCUCUCUCCUGUAAUAUUUACUUCAUUCUUGCACACUGUUGUUAACAUUUUAGUUCUUGAGAGUAUGUGUGAUGUGCAAUGUUGUAAAUAGCCUGCAGAAGAAAACUUCCUCUGAAAGAACACACGAUUGUCUGACAUUAUCACUACUGAUAAUAGUGUUUAGUACUUAUGGUGUCCAAGAGGUCUU